GAUCCCGCGGCGACGACGGCGAUGCUGGACGAGCCUUUGACGCCGCACGAAGAGAUUCGUCGAGGAACGCUCGCGAAUGGGUUGAAGUACGUCAUCUUACCGAACAAAGUUCCCGAGGGGAGAUUUGAGGCGCACUUGGAGAUGCACGUCGGGUCCGUGGACGAACGCGAAGACGAGCAAGGGCUGGCGCACCUCGUCGAGCACGUCACGUUUUUGGGUUCUCGAAAACGAGAUCAGUGGCUCGGGAGCGGUACGCGAGGGAACGCGUACACGGAUUUCCACCACACCGUGUUCCACAUCCACGCACCGACGACGAACAAGGAUGGACAUUACAUGCCGCCCAACGUGCUGGACAUUCUCUACGACGUCGCGUUUGCGCCGCAACUCUUGGACACUCGCGUGGCGAAGGAGAAGAAAGCCGUGCUCGCCGAGGCUCAAAUGAUGAACACGAUCGAGUACAGAGUGGACUGUCAGCUUCUAGAGCAUUUGCACUGGGACAACCUCUUGGGCACGCGAUUUCCGAUCGGUAAGCUCGAUCAGGUGGAAGCGUGGCCGGCGCAGGCGGUGCGAGACUUUCACGCGCGCUGGUAUUUCCCAGCCAACGCCACGCUCUACGUCGUGGGCGACUUCGAUGCCUCCGUGGACGAAGUCGAGGGUAUGAUUUCCGCCGCGUUCGACGAAGCGGCGCCCGCGGAAGGCGCGGAAGAAGCCGAGUCUCCUCUCAAACGUCACGCGGUGCGUCCUCCGGUGAAGCACGCGUACGGGGCGCCGUCGUACGAGCUCGACGAAAUUCAACGCUCGAACGACGAGGCGAAGGCGUCGGGCAAAGACGACCCGUUCUUGCCUUUCGUCGCCCCCGAGGGUAAAGUGUCCAUGUUCCAGCACGAACACUUGUCCAACGCGAGUUUCAACAUAUUUUCAAAAUUGGCCGUCAAGCCGCUCGAAAAGAUGGGCGACUUGCACCGGACGAUUUUGCAGCGCAUUGUGUUGUUGGUGUUGCAGAGCCGCAUUCAGGCGAGAUACGCGGAAACUAAUGCGGAUUACAAACGCAUUGAACUCGAUCAUAGCGACAGCGCGAGAGAGGGGUGUUGCGUCAGCACCGUCACCGUGACGUGCGAGCCGAGAGAGUACGAAUUCGCCUUGCAAGUCGCCGUCGAGGAAUCUCGACGAUUGCAAAAGUUUGGAUUGACGCCGAGCGAGCUCGAUCGUUUUAAGGCGGCGAUGUUGAGAGAUUCUGAACAGCUCGCGCAGCAGGCGGGAUGCGUGCCGAGCCUCGAAAAUCUCGACUUUGUCAUGGAGCAGGACGCCUGCGGACACGUCGUCAUGGACCAGGUCGCGGGUCACGAGGCCUUGGUGCGCAUGUCUGAUUACAUCACGCUCGAGGCGUGCAACGGCGCGUGCGAUGAGCUUUUAGGUUUUAUCGGUGAGUACGGCGUGGAGAACAAUCGCAAACCGAACAGCGGUAAGUGCACCGCCAUCGUCGCGUGCGUCCCAGCGACGAUGACGAACGUCGACGGCGAGACGGUGCCGUUCGAUAUCACGCCCGAGCGCAUAGAACAAGUUUUGGCGGCGGAUUACGGUGAAAUCACAGAGCCCGAGGAUAUCUUUGUGCCGGAGGUGUUGAUUGCGGAUGACGAAAUCAACGCCCUCAUCGAGCAAACGGCGCCGACGUUUACCGAGGCGACGUAUCACGAGCCGACCGGCGUGUACCAGCGCACGCUGAGUAACGGUAUUCGCGUCAACUACAAGGUGCUCGACGCCGAGCCUGGGAGCGCGUUCUUACGACUCGUCGUCCCGGGUGGUCGUUCGGUUGAGAGCCCGAACAUCGGGCCCGGCGGAAUCGGUUCGUCGGCGGUCGGUUUGCGCACCGUGCAAGAGGCUGGCGACGUCGGCGAAUGGUCGCGCAAGCAAAUCGAGCUCUUGACGAUGCAACACUUGCUCGUGUACGACGUCGAGCCCGAGGUCGAGUACAUGUUUUUGGAUUCCGCGUUCGCCACGGAUGGAGGCUUGAGGACUAUUCUCGAGAUCAUGCACCUCACGCUGACGAAGCCGACGUGGGACGAGCAAGCGCUCGAGCGCGUCAAGGACAUUUACCGCAUGUUUCAGAUUAACACGAACAAGAACAUCGAGUUGCUCACGCAUGACACCGUCAACGCCGUGAUUUACGAAGACCGAAGAAUCAUGGACCCGAACAAGGAGGCACUCCAGGCGCUGACGCUGGAUGGCGUUCGAGACAUGAUCGAAGCUCAAUUCGCGAGCGGGGCUUUGGAACUCAACAUCGUCGGCGACAUCAUCCCCGAAGAAGUCGACGAAAUGGUUCUCGCGUUUAUGGGAUCGAUUCAGACCAAGCCCGCGCCGCCGUUGCCGCAAGUGCCCCCGCUGAAAUUGAAAGAGGUGCCAAAGGAUGAUCCGGUGCGCGCGCAGCGGUUGUGGUUGAAGGACAGCGACGAAAGAGCGUGCGCGGUGGCCGCCGGACCGGGGCCAUCCAUGUGGGCGCCGAUGACGAGUCUGUACUCUGAAAUUCCGAGCUUUGUCAAUCAAGACGCGUACACGCCGGAACAGAUUGCAGCCUUGCGCGAUCCCGUGAACGAGGUGGCGUCGGCGAAGGGGAACCCAUUCGCACAGCAGUCUGCGCGACGCGCGAAUUCUUUGGCGACGUAUUGCGCGGGGAUGAUGCUCGCAGAAGUUAUCGGUGGUAGAUUGUUCACAACGGUGCGCGACGCGUUGGGUCUGACGUACGACUGCAACUUUACAAUGUCGUUUGGAUUACAAAACAACGACGCGACGACGUACAGGUUGUUGGUGACGUCGACGCCGGAAAAAAUUGAUGAAGCUCUCAACGCCGGCGUGCGCGUGUUGCGUGGAUUUCAGAUGCAGCGCGUGAGCCAACGCGAGGUCGAUCGCGCGCGUUUAACGCUGUUGAGUCGUCAUGAGAUGGAUUUGAAGACGAACAACUACUGGGCCGAUUUGAUGCAGUGCACCAACACUCCAGAUUUAGCGCCGCUGAAGAAGAUUCAGUGCGUCGCUGAUUUACCCCUCAUGUACGACGCGAUGACCGUGGACGAUCUUCAAGAAGUUUACGAUCGUCUCGGCUUGAGCGAAGGCGAGAUCUUCACCAGCGUGACGAUCGCCGGGCAGACAGAGCCGCCUCCAUUCCUGUCGAAGAAGGACGUCGACGCCGCCGCGCUCGCCGCCCAGACGCUGACCGCCGCGCUUGGUGGCAUCAACAUCGCCGAAGCGAUCAAGAGAUUGAAGAAAGAGCAGUCUCCGUCCGCGAGCGCGGAGUAGUUGCUGAU